AUGGCUGACCCCAACUGGAGAGGCUCGCCGCCUCCCUCCGGUACACAGCGACCAGGAGGUGCGGCUAUGAACGGAACAGGUGGCCCAUUUCAGGACGGAAGGACCUCGCUCCCAGCCUCCAAGUCUGUCCCAGCCUUCUCCCCUCCAGGACAGCCGAUCCAGGCUGCGCUUGGGACACCUAUCCCUCUUUCGUCUUCGAGUGCAAGGCUGGGGGGCCCUCCCUCGACGGCAGGCCUCGGUCCGCCGUCAUCGGGGUCUAGCCCCUUUUCGGCCAGCAGCAGCACCGGGAUGCCCCCCCCUGCCCGAAGGGUGAGCUCGCCCCCCCUAGCGGGGCCCCCAAGCUACGGCUCGGGGUCGUCGGGAUACGGCGGUGCCCCCAAUGCCAACGCCGCCAUCGCGGCGUCGGGGAUGCGGCUAGGCGGUCCUCCGACCUCGAGCAACGGGCCGCCUGCGAUAUCGCGGAAGUUCUCUCCGCCGCCGCCGCCGCUGUCGUCUCAGAGCGUCUUCGCUAAGCCAUCAAUGACCGCGCCGCCAACCGGGCCACCCCGAAGCUGGUCAGGCCACGGCAACGGUAACGGUAACGGUACUGCUGGUGUAUUUCCGCCGGGUGGGGUUGGCGCAAACGGGCAGCAGCAGCAGGGGCAGAAGCUUGCUUACGGCGCUCCUCCGAGUUUCGCGCCGCCAAUGGGCCCGCCCAGCUCCGGUAACGGUGUUGGUCCAGGGCCCAGCGGGGGGCCAGGCGGGUACGGAGGGGCGUCGAUGGCUCGGGUCGCGUCGAUGCCUGCCGGGGUGUACGGCGGUGGUCAAGGGGCAGCGCCUCCGAUGAGUGCUCCUGGGCAGUACCAAGGCGGUUACUCGAACGGAGGGAUGCCUGCUUCGGCGACAGCCCCCCGUCCCAAGAUCAAUCCGGAACAGAUUCCGCGGCCCAUUGUGGGCGGCGAGCGAGUGAUUUACCAGACCUGCACCCCUCCCAGCGUGAAGACGCCACCAACGCCAACCUCCAACUACGUUGCUCUCGACGAGGGAAACUGCUCGCCGCGGUUCAUGCGGUCGACGAUGGCGCAGCUUCCGAUGACAGCCGACGCCAUGGGGGCGUGUAAGAUCCCAAUGGCCGUAACCGUCCAACCCAUGGCCAUCGUGGGGCCGGAGGAGAUUCCAGUUAACCUUGUGGACUUCGGAGAGGCCGGUCCUCUUAGGUGCGAGAUGUGCCGAGCGUACAUCAACAGCUUCGCCAAGUACGUGCAGAAUGGCGAGAAGUGGAUUUGCAAUUUCUGCAAGCACGAGGGGCCUGUGCCGCACGCCUACCAGUGCCCGCUCGACGGCGCCGGGUUGCGCAGGGAUCGGGAUCAGAGGGCGGAGCUGUGCAGGGGUAGCGUGGACUUCGUGGUACCCAAGGCGGUGUACAGCUUGCGCCCGGAGCAGCAGCCCAUCUUCGUGUUCUGCGUGGACGUGUCCCCGAGGGCACUCGAGACGGGCUUCUCUGCGGCGUGUCUGGCGGCUAUAGAGGCGUCACUGGACUCGGUGCCGGGCGGGGAGAGGGCCAGGGUGGGUGUCAUCACCUUCGACAAGUGUCUACAGGUGUACAGGGUCGACGAGGAGGGGAAUGUUUCGCAGAUGGCGGUGGCACCGGACACGGAGGAACCGUAUGCCCCGUUGCCCGCUGCCCAAUGGAUCCUGCCGCUCAAUUCCUGCCGGAGUAGUCUCCCGAGACUGUUCCAGGCUAUUCCCGAUCUUGUAUCGAAGAAUGGUCGACAAACGACCCCUGCUUCUGCCUGCGCGUCCGGGGCGGCGCUGCGCGCGACGGUGGACUGCCUGGAUGGUAUCGGAGGGAGAGUCUUUCUCAUGGCGCAGUCCCCGGCGGACGUUGGCGCCGGUGCGGUUAGCCGAGGGCGGGAGGAGGGCGGGAUGUACGGGGGGGACAAGGAGUUUCACAUGUAUCAGCCGGCCCCGGACGUGGGGAAGGACGUGGCGGCCGUGGCAACGGGGGUGUUUUACAAGGCACUGGCCAAGGACUGCGCCGCGAGACAGGUGUGCGUGGAUCUGAUGCUGUGGUGCAACGGAAGGGUCCGAGAGUUCUACGACGCAGGGACCAUCGGGAUGGUGUCUAGAGUAACAGGCGGGCGAGUCACGUGCCUGCGGGGAGGGGAGCCGGGCGGCCGCGACACGGAGUCGCACCUUAGGGAGCAGUUGACGGGGGCUCUGCGCGAUCACGCCCACAGCGCCAGCGAAGCUAUCCUCAAGGUACGGUGCACCGCGGGGUUUUCGUGCACCCAACGCUUGGGGCCCGGCAUAGAAAACAUGCCGGGAGAGCUGGAGGUGGCGAACAUCACUCCGCAUCACACGAUCGUGUGCCGUCUAGAACACGACGGCCGGAAGCUCGAGGAGGGGGGGAUGGUGUACAUACAGUCGGCGUUGCUUUACACGUCCACGAGUGGGCAGCGACGAGUGCGAUGUCACACCUUGGGGCUGCCGGUGACGGGCCUCCUGCCGAACAUAUUCCGGUCCACUGACGUUGAGACGGUAUCCGCCGUGAUGGCGAGGCAAGCGGUGUCGCGGGCGCUCGGCAACAAGAUGGCGGUGGAUUCGAUCCUUAAACAGGUGGAGGAGUCGAUGCUAGCCAUGCUCUUCGCCUACCGCAAGAAGUGCGCCUCCGACUCUCCGGCCGGGCAGCUCAUCCUCCCGGAGGCGCUGAGAGUCCUGCCACUCUUCACGCUAUGCACGCACAAGAUGCUCGCACUUAGACCCAACUCGAAGGGCGGCGCCCCGGACGUUCGCGCAGACGAGCGCGCGGCGCGGCUGCUGGCCAAUCACAGCCUGUCGGUGGAGGGCAUGGUGAAGGUCCUCUACCCGUCCCUCUACUCCGUUCACGACUUGCCGCCGGACAUAGGGGACGCACCGCCCCCCAGACCCCCGCCACCGGCGGCGGCCUCGGAGCCCGGAGCAGUCGGGGCGGGGGUAGGGUUAGAGGGGGCUAGGGGAGUGGAGGGGAUCUGGGGGAGCCCCCGGUCUGGGGUUGACGUGCCGGUCGCGUUGCCCCCGACCUCGGAGAAGCUGAGCAGCUCCGGGGUGUUCUUGCUGGACAACGGGGAGGAGCUGUUGCUGUACGUGGGUCGCUCGGUGAGCCGGGAGGUGAUGUCCGAGCUGUUCGGGGUGGACGCGGUGCCUGGGCCUAGCCCACCAGGCUACGGCAAUGAAGGGGCUAGUACGAGCGUCCUACAACUUCGCCAAGAAGAUGGCUACGAGCAGGCCAGACGGGUGCGCAACGUCAUAGAGCAUCUGCGUAGAGGGAGCGCCGCCCACAAGCCGCUAGUGGUGGUGGUGGCCAAUUCGGGAGUUCCGGAGGAGGCCCGCUUCGUUAGUCUGAUGGUAGAGGACAAGACAAAGCACGGGACGUCUUACGUGGACGAGUUAUGCAACUUGCACCACAAGAUACAGUCAAGGAUGGGGUGAAGCGACUGGCUUCCCCUCGCCGUCAACGUGCAUGAAAAGUCAAAGUGCAUGAGGCGUCUCGUAUACAGUACAGCUUUUUAUUUAUUUUUUGUGCGCCGUGCGCACCUCGUCGUCAACCUCCUCCUCUUGCACUGCUAGUUUAUUCUCUGCGUGUGUUUCAGUACAACAAUAUCCUCCUUUACGGUAUUCUGUAUUUUUAUGUCGGUGUUUCCCAAGCCCCAAGCAAACGGUUUGCGCCAGAGUCCACUUUUGCGAAUGAAGCUGAGUGAUGGUUGUUGAGUGCGUCGUGUUGUGUCGUCGGAAUCUUCUUUUCUGUUUCUUUUUCUUUUUCUUUUUUAUUCUUCCGGUGCGUGUUCGUCGGUGGGUGGGUGGGUGUGGUUUGUCGUGCGGUGUUUUGCGUUUCGGUGAAAAAUGU